AUGCGGGUGGAACUCCACCCAGUAUUCAAUGUACAUAUCAAUUUGGAAGAUUUACGAAAUGUUGAUCUCUCUACGAGAGGAUACUAUCAGGUACGGCUAACCCCUAGACCUUCUCCUCUUUUCACUUCUAUAGAUAUUCAAUGCGUGGACACAACACGUUCUAAUGAGGAUUCGUUUAUACUACCGUCAUCAAUCAAUGACGGUGUUGGCAUAUCUAGAAGUGUGGAGUUAACAUACAUCGAUGAAACCUUACCACUUGGUGAUCCAUUUCUGAUUUCGUUACGACUCGAUGCCCAUGCAGAUCUGGAGUUACCGUGCAGUCUUGUUUUGGAUGUUGAGCUGUGGUCAAUGGAUCGACAUCGACCUCCGAAUUUUUCCCUCUUUGAGUUGGAUAGUAAACGAACUGUCGAAGUUACGCUUCGUGCAGCUCAACUCGUAGCUUCCUCGCGAGAAAUUUUCUUCGAGCAUAAUGCUUAUGCUGUUCUAAAAAUGACAGUCUUUGCAUCUCUCGUGUCGGUCCUACCACGCAGAAAAAAGCGACUGCCUGAUCCAGACGUCGACACAAAAUCGAAGCAAUUUCAUUUAACAACGGGUAGCAUAUUGCUUCAGUCGAUUAGUUCUAUAGAACAGUUCGUUUUCAGAAAUAUAAAGGAGAUGGUGACUUCUGUUAAUAUUGAGCCAUGUGAUGUGAAUAUUGAAAUGGAGUCUUUGAAAUGCCGUCUGGAGACGGCCACUAAUCCAUGGGUGGAACUCGAGGACGUGACUGUUAGCCUUAGCUCACGCCUUUCACUUCUAUAUGCUCAACUUAUCCGGCUUUGUACUGGAUCUCCAGCAAUUUCAUCAGUAUUGUUGCAAAAUUACUUAAAAUUCCGAGAAAAAAUGUUAGCCGAAUUAUUUUUCUUUGUGGAAUACGCGCCAAGCGAACUCUCCAAGUAUAGCUCUACAGAUAAGAUUUAUUCACUUGUUUCGAAAAGCAAGUACCUCGAGAAAUUACCUCGAUUUUCUCUUUUCUGCCCUGAACUGGACACCUGUGCAAGUAAUUGGUGUCUUGUUGUCGAGGAACGUUUUUCUUUUGAGCUGAAAUCACCAGAUGUUUCCAUUAGGAGUACUUCUUCAGAUCAUCAGAAUCUUGAUCAGAAACCGAGUCCUUCGACCAUUGGACCCAUGGGCGACGGUUUACCAAUUCUGCGUCAUGAUCCUCUCCGUAUCAACUCCCGUUUCCCUUGGUUUCGACGUAAAAGUGUGAACGGUACUACGACAUCGAAUUCCUCACAACAGACGGAUUCUUGUCGAAGCCCACAAUUGUGCCUCGAACAACAACCUCUAUCAGUGUUUCCUCCAGAACAAGAUCUGAGUAUGGUUGUCGAUUUUGUUGUGGAACGGGAACGUAUGAAACUAGAUCUUCAAGAGCAGAGACUGUUUGAUGGAUUUAUUUACAGUGAACAAGCAAUUUUACGACACGGCGGAGAUGUAAGGAAACCAGUUGAACAACCUACACACCUCGUUGUUUUCGUGCAUGGAUUGGAAGGAACUUGCGAUGAUCUGUCAUCGUACCGAAACGUUUUUCGUAUUAUAGCUGGGGACACUCCUGGAUUUCAUUAUUUAUUGAGUUCUUCGAAUCACACUAAAACAUGGUCCGAUAUAGAUGAGAUGGCUGAAAAUCUGCUUAGUGAGGUGCAAUCCUAUGUGUUAAGAUAUAGUGAGCCGCCCGUCCGUGUGAGCUUCGUCGCACACUCUCUGGGCGGAGUGAUUGUUCGGGCGGCGGUGUGUCGCGAUGAAGCGGAAUGGUUGAGACCCCGGCUACACUGUUUGAUGACCAUCAACAGCCCUCAUCUUGGUCUUGCAUAUGUUGGAAAAGGUGUUAAUCUAGGCAUUCAGUUCAUGCAAUGGUGGAAACAGUCUCGUUGCAUGGAGCAACUUUCGUUGAAGGACGAAACCACUUUCUGCGACUCACUCCUCUUUCGGCUAUCUCAAAAGAAAACGUUUGGCCUUUUCCGUCGAGUUCUACUAAUCGGAACUCCAGCUGAUUUAUUCGUGCCAUGUCAUUCCGCGUUACUAACUCCGUGCAAAUCUGCUUUAAAAGAUCCAUCCGCCUUGGGCUCUACUUAUCGAGACAUGCUCUCAAAUGUUCACGACGACAUCACUACAAGUGAUCGAACUACGGUUGCAAUCAGAUACUCAACAUGGCAUUCCAUAUCCUCGCCAAGAGCGAGUAGAUUUACAGGUCGAGCUGCACAUAUUGCCGCCGUUGAAGACGACAUAUUCAUCGAGAAACUCUUUGCAACGUCAGCUUUUAGAUAUUUCAUGGAAUAA